GUUUCGGUGUCUUCGAAAAGAGGGUCGAUUUUAAUUUUAAAGCCCUCGUAAGCCUUGAAGAUGGAUGUCGAACAAAGUAAUAAACAAGUAGAAAUACUUGAUGUCUUAGUAGCUUCCGGAUAUUUUCGAGCAAGACUGAAGUCGUAUGGAGAUUUCGACAAAAUUGUAGGAGGAAUGGUCUUUUGCUUGGAAGGUCUUGACAACAUUGAUCUCGAUGUCGACUUUUUAUUCCAUGAUAGCUUAUCGAUCGGGCAGAAAAUUGCCUUAACUGAAAAAAUCGUUGCUGUGUUGCCCCAAAUUGGAUGCCCAUAUACCCUUGAACCUCAUCAGAUUCAAGGUUUAGACUUUAUCAACAUCUUUCCAGUGAUUCAAUGGCUUGUCAAACGAUCAAUUGAAAGUAGAGCUGAAAAGGCAGAUCGUUUGAAUGCGUUUGCAGUCAAUCAAUUUCAUAACGAUUUUUCACUUCCAAGUUCGCGAGAGAAAUUUGCUCAACGUAAAAAUAUGGUAGAAAAUUUAAAAACGAUCCAAGAACAGCUCAAACCUCGUCGGAAGUUCAGAAAAACCGGAAACAUCGACGAAAAUGACGAAAAAUUGCAAGUUCAAACAACUUUGUUGGAGUACGCGAGUCAACUAACACCCACAAAAAAGCAAACUUUGAUAGAAAAGUUUGCCAUUCAAGACGACGUUGACUUUCUGGAUCAACUAGAAGCUCAAAUGGAUGACAACCUCACCCGCGAUCAUCAAGAAGUCAUUUCGGAAUAUAAAAAUCUUAAAUUAGAAUUUGGUGAAAAUGAUGAAAACCUGAAGAUGGCACGAAAAAUUAACGAACUCAAAGAAACAAAAGUAAAUUUGGAACGACAACUUGCCUUGUUAAAGGAAAACUUUUCUCAAGCAACUCAAAAACAGCGAGAUGAGGAACAAAAACUUGAAACCCUUAAAAACGAAAAAAAUCAGUUAUCCACGAAUUUGCAACGUUUGAAGGAAAAACACGCAACUGCCGAUGCCGAAGUGUUAGCAAAACUCACAAAUUUGCUGCAGAAAAACGAGGAAGCCAAACAAAAAGAGAUCGCCUUCAAGAACGAAUGCAAGAAAAAUCUGGCAGAAAUGGAACAAAAGACCAAAGAGUACAUCGACAUCUUGGAAGACGAGAAUUCCGUCGCUGAAAACAUGGCUUUACUUGAGACUGAGAAACAAAAUUUGGCAAAAACAAGGGUAAAGGUCUCCAAAAAGACGCGCCAAGUGAUUGUCUUGAAUAGAGCACUUGAUGUGCCAUCACGUUCGGAACUGGCGCAAUAUCAACGGAGAUUUUUGGAGCUUUAUACGCAAGUGAGUGCCAAACAUAAGGAAACAAAACAAUUUUAUACGUUAUACAACACGCUAAAUGACACGAAACAAUAUAUCGAAAAAGAAAAAACUCUUUUAAACUCAAUUUACGAGAAUUUUUCGAGUUCCAUGAACAACCCGAGCAUUCGAGAUCAGUUCCUCAAACAAUUCGAGUCAAUUGUCAUGGGAGUCAAGGAAAAUAAAAAUCGCGUACAGAAAAGAUUGGACAAUGAAAAGGCGAAAAAACAAGAAUUGUGUGCCGAAUUGGUAGCGUUGCUGGAAUUGCAACGCAAAUAUGUGGCAGCGACGAAAAAAUUACAACAACUCGUUGGAUAAUGAUCAAAUUCAAAGUUUAUUUUCUCAUUUUUUUAUGUAAAAAAAUCAUAUACAGAUGUAUCUAACAUUAAUAUUUUUUUCAGU